UCAAACAAGAUGUUCAUACACUGUUAACAGGUAGGAAGGUUAUCAAGAGGGAGACCAUCGAUGCCCGUUCUCAUCAUCGUCAUGAAGAGACGAUGAGUAGGGAGCAAAUGAUGUUAAAGAGCGCACCUUCAGCGGCAGCGGCAAGUGGAGGAGGAGGAGGAGGAGAAACCCUAAUGACGAAAACAAACACAAUCACGCCUUGUGCAGCAUGCAGGUUAUUGAGGAGGAGGUGUGCACCAGAAUGUCCUUUCUCUCCCUACUUCUCCCCAAACGAACCCCACAAAUUUGCUUGCGUGCACAAAGUUUUCGGUGCCAGCAAUGUCUCCAAGAUGCUCAUGGAGGUGCCUGAGGACCAACGAGCCGAUACAGCCGACAGUCUCGUGUACGAAGCAACGUUGAGACUCAAAGACCCUGUGUAUGGAUGUGUCGGCGCAAUCUCGGUUUUACAACACCAAGUUCAAUGCCUAGAAACUGAACUCAAUGCAGUUAGGGCUGAAAUUCUCAGAUACAAGCUAAGGAACGCAAGAAUAAUGGCUCCUCCUUCCCCUCCAACCCAUGAAUCUAUUAAUGUACCAAUUUCAAGACCUUUUUCCAUGGACGCGCCACCAUCCGCACCACCACUACCUCCAUCACUGCCGCCUGCAGCAUACUCCGGUUUAUCCGUCUUCACACACGCAAACACGAGCUCGUCCCAAUACAGCACCGUUUCUGGAAAAAAUCUAGCUUAUUUCGGUUAAAUUCCUAUACCACUUUAUUCAUGUAU